AUGGAAGACCGGUUCUUGCUCAAGAAUGAUGUCACUGAAUUGAUCGGUAACACACCAAUGGUGUAUCUGAAUAAAAUUGUGGAUGGUUGUGUGGCCCGUAUCGCUGCCAAGCUUGAGAUGAUGGAGCCUUGCUCUAGCAUCAAAGACAGAAUCGCUUACAGUAUGAUCAAAGAUGCAGAAGACAGAGGAUUGAUUACUCCAGGAAAGAGUACAUUGAUUGAGGCAACGGGUGGUAACACUGGGAUUGGUUUAGCCAGCAUCGGUGCUUCAAGAGGCUAUAAAGUAAUACUUUUGAUGCCUUCAACGAUGAGCUUAGAGAGGAGAAUCAUUCUGAGAGCAUUAGGUGCAGAGCUUCAUCUAACAGAUAUGAACAUAGGCAUUAAAGGAAUGUUGGAGAAAGCUGAAGAGAUAUUAAGCAAAACUCCUGGUGGUUACAUACCACACCAGUUUAUAAACCCUGAAAACCCAGAGAUUCAUUACAGAACAACGGGUCCAGAGAUAUGGAGAGAUUCAGCAGGGAAAGUAGAUAUAUUGGUCGCUGGUGCUGGAACUGGUGGAACGGUUUCUGGUACAGGGAAGUUCCUUAAGAAGAUGAAUAAAGACAUUAAGGUUUGUGUGGUGGAACCUACAGAAAGUGCUGUACUCAGCGGAGGAGAACCAGGUCCACAUUUGAUACAGGGAAUUGGCCCUGGUGUCAUCCCAACCAAUUUGGAGUUAAGCAUUGUUGAUGAAGUCAUUCAAGUGACUGGUGAGGAAGCUAUUGAAACAGCCAAGCUUCUUGCCCUCAAAGAAGGAUUACUGGUGGGAAUAUCUUCUGGGGCUGCAGCAGCGGCUGCGUUAAAGGUUGCUAAGCGGCCACAAAACGCAGGCAAACUCAUUGUGGUGGUUUUUCCUAGUGGAGGAGAACGUUAUUUAUCGACUGAAUUGUUCGAGUCGGUCAGAUAUGAAGCAGAGAAUUUGUCGAUUGAAUGAGUGGCGAUGUGUGUUUCGGUUUUGUUCGGUUAGAGAUGUUGGUGCAAGAUUAUAGUUUGAUUAUUUCAGCCAGGUCACUGUAAACUCUUUAAGAGGUUACAUAUAUAUUCAAUGAUGAAUAAGGAGAGGUUAUUCUUCAUUAACUAUUUCCACUGUUAAUCCUCGGUCUUAAACUGUUAUAGACGAUCCUAAUCUAUCUUGGUAUAGCUUCAUCUCUUA